UUUAAAAAUAAAAAUAAAAAUUCCCUACAUGAUCAAAGAAAAUAUUAUAUUCUCCCUCCUUUUAUUGGGGAUCCCAUACUCUCAGAUGUGACUCCUAGUCAUUCUUAUUUAGGUGUUUAAAAGUUGGGGACCAUUAGUAGGACUACAGCUGCUUUCAGCUUAAUGUAAAAACUGUCCUAAGAUCUGCAGGCACAGGCCAUUCAGUCAAACCUUUUCAUUUUCAAAGACAGCACCAAGGAUCAAAGAAGUUCAGUGGCUUGAUCUGGUUACCCAGACGACAGGUUACAAAACUGGUGAUUGGACCCACACGUUCUCACACUCAUUUUGUACUCCUUCCCACACUGGCUUAUCAACCUAACUGGGUUUUGUUUGCUUUUAAUUUUGUGGUUAGACCUAAUUGUUGUAUUAUCUAAAAAGGAAAACAAAUGAACACAGUGCUGGGCUCUGCGAGCAUUAAGGGCACCUCAGGUUUGUGAUCAGCCAGGGACUCCCUUCCUGGCUGCUGCUCCUCUCUUCGGACUCACAACCAUGGCUCCUACAAGCUCUUGCCUUCCCCACCUUCCAGCCCUCCCAGCCCUGCUUCUCCUUUCUGAUAGAACAGAUUGCUCAGGCAGAAAGAGGGGAAAGGAGGGGGGAGCCCUGUUACUAUGGCAAAGUUGGCAUACAGUUCACAGAAUCUUCUGGACGUUAAAUAUAGAGUCCUGACUAACCUUGAUGUUUUAGGACCGCUUGGCGAGGGGAGAGAGAGAGAGACUUGGGUGACGCAGUUUGUUGGGCAGUGUCCCUAAGAAUGACACAGCAGUUCUCGCCUUGAAGGUCAGAAAACUCGAGAAACUUCGGGCAGAGCCAACCACGGGGGAAAGAGCCUCAGCCAAACCUGAGGAAAGGCGGGGGAGCGCGGUGGGGAGGAAGAAAAGGCUGGGCCGCUGGGGCCUGAGGGCGGGGCUGGCUUCGGGGCUGCCUGUCCGACUCCUGCGUUUUCCGAUGUGUUUUUUUUCCAAAAAGGGAUUAAAGGAGGAAAGAAAGAAGGACCUUUCGAGUUUCUCUCAACUAGGCCUCAGAGAACCAUGGCUGCUGCCAAGGGGAUUGCUAUAGGUAUCGACCUGGGCACCACUUACUCCUGUGUGGGGGUGUUCCAGCACGGCAAGGUGGAGAUCAUCGCCAAUGACCAGGGCAACCGCACCACCCCCAGCUACGUGGCCUUCACAGACACUGAGCGGCUCAUUGGGGAUGCGGCCAAGAACCAGGUAGCCAUGAAUCCCCAGAACACUGUUUUUGAUGCCAAACGUCUGAUCGGCAGGAAAUUUAAUGAUCCUGUUGUGCAAUCAGAUAUGAAACUUUGGCCUUUUCAAGUGAUUAAUGAAGGAGGCAAGCCCAAAGUGCUUGUGUCCUACAAAGGGGAGAAUAAAGCUUUCUACCCUGAGGAAAUCUCUUCGAUGGUACUGACUAAGAUGAAAGAGACUGCUGAGGCAUUUUUGGGCCACCCUGUCACCAAUGCAGUGAUUACCGUGCCAGCCUAUUUCAAUGACUCUCAACGUCAGGCUACUAAGGAUGCAGGUGUGAUUGCUGGACUUAAUGUGCUACGAAUCAUCAAUGAGCCCACAGCUGCUGCCAUUGCCUAUGGUUUAGAUAAAGGAGGUCGAGGAGAACGACAUGUCCUGAUUUUUGAUCUGGGUGGAGGCACAUUUGAUGUGUCAAUUCUGACCAUAGAUGAUGGGAUUUUUGAGGUAAAGGCCACUGCUGGGGACACUCACCUGGGUGGGGAGGACUUUGACAACAGGCUUGUGAGCCACUUCGUGGAAGAGUUCAAGCGGAAGCACAAGAAGGACAUCAGCCAGAACAAGCGAGCCGUGAGGCGGCUGCGCACCGCCUGCGAGAGGGCCAAGAGGACCCUGUCGUCCAGCACCCAGGCCAACCUAGAAAUUGAUUCACUUUAUGAAGGCAUUGACUUCUACACAUCCAUCACCAGAGCUCGAUUUGAAGAGUUGUGUGCAGACCUUUUUAGGGGUACCCUGGAGCCUGUAGAAAAAGCACUUCGGGAUGCCAAGAUGGAUAAGGCUAAAAUCCAUGACAUUGUUUUAGUAGGGGGCUCCACCCGCAUCCCCAAGGUGCAGCGGCUGCUUCAGGACUACUUUAAUGGACGUGAUCUCAACAAGAGCAUCAACCCUGAUGAGGCAGUAGCAUAUGGGGCUGCGGUACAGGCGGCCAUCCUGAUGGGGGACAAGUCUGAGAAGGUGCAGGACCUGCUGCUGCUGGACGUGGCUCCGCUGUCGCUGGGGCUGGAGACGGCCGGGGGUGUGAUGACUGCCCUGAUCAAGCGUAACUCCACCAUCCCCACCAAGCAGACACAGAUCUUCACCACCUACUCCGACAACCAACCCGGGGUGCUGAUCCAGGUAUACGAAGGUGAGAGGGCCAUGACGAAGGACAACAACCUGCUAGGGCGCUUUGACCUGACUGGAAUCCCUCCAGCACCCAGGGGAGUUCCUCAGAUCGAGGUGACGUUUGACAUUGAUGCCAAUGGUAUUCUCAAUGUCACAGCCAUGGACAAGAGCACAGGGAAGGCCAACAAGAUCACCAUCACCAACGACAAGGGCCGCCUGAGCAAGGAGGAGAUUGAGCGCAUGGUUCUGGAUGCUGAGAAAUAUAAAGCUGAAGAUGAGGUCCAGAGGGAGAAAAUUGCUGCAAAGAAUGCCUUAGAAUCCUAUGCUUUUAACAUGAAGAGUGUUGUGAGUGAUGAAGGUUUGAAGGGCAAGAUCAGUGAGUCUGAUAAAAAGAAAAUACUGGAUAAAUGCAAUGAACUUCUUUCGUGGCUGGAGGCCAAUCAACUGGCAGAGAAAGAUGAGUUUGAUCAUAAGAGAAAGGAAUUGGAGCAGAUGUGUAACCCCAUCAUCACAAAACUCUACCAGGGAGGAUGCACUGGGCCUGCCUGUGGAACAGGGUAUGCGCCUGGAAGGCCUGCCACAGGCCCCACAAUCGAAGAAGUAGAUUAAUUCUUUUUGGAACUGAAGCAUCCUAGGAUGCCUCUACGUGUAUUUCAUUCCCCUCAUCUUCAAACAUCGUUAUUAUUCUUGACCAGACCUGAACCUAAGUUACCAUCCCUUGGGAAUUCUGGAGGAGGAGUCUCAUGCACCACCUAUCACACUCCCUCAUAUCCUGUUUCUGACUCUGGAAUGGACUCAGGAAAACUAGGCCCCUCUUUAAACCCUGUGAUGUAUUUGAAUGUCUGUUAUUUCCAGCCACCCUAACAUUCUUCUUCCUGUGUGGAUGCUUAUUUGUCAAUCAGUAAAUUUGUUCCUAAAGGAAAUUAUUUCUGGUAUUUAGGCUGUGAAUGUACCUCGAAGGGGAGAGUUCAUGGAGAGAGCAUGUGUUCUCUGAUUGUGAGCUCACUGUGAAUGAUUAAAUUAGUAAGGGUAAAGUA